AAUUACCACUGUGUCACCACUGUGCUGAGAGUGUUGCACUAGAAAAGAAUCUCUGGUCAUGUAAAGCAUAGGCUCCUGAUCACUGUGUCCUGUACAUUUUAGUCUUUUCCUUGCUCUAACACACCCACUUCCACUCAGGAAGUGCUGUUAAUUAUCUGAUUAAUUGAAUCUGGAAGCAGGGAAAACUCUAAAAUGUGUAGUCAAUUAGCAGGGGAUACUUCCACCUGUGACGCAAGGCAGUAGUUCUUAAAUGGCAUUCAUGAAGCAUAAACAGAGGGGUCCAUGAUUUUUAUUUUUGUAUUUUUUUAGUUUCAGUGGUGAAGAUCCAUCCAUCCAUUUUCUAUACCGCUUAUCCUACACAGGGUCGUGGGAGUCUGGAGCCUAUCCCAGAGAACUUGGGGCAUAAAGGCGGGGGAGGGACACCCUUUAUCACAGGGCACAAUCACACACAUUCACACACUAUGGACAAUUUGGAAAUGCCAAUCAGCCUACAACACGUCUUUGGACUGGGGGAGGAAACCCCUGAAGCACAGGGAGAACUUGCAAGUGCAGAACACAGGGUGGAGGUGGGAAUCGAACCUCCAACCCUGAAGGUGUGAGGCAAACAUGCUAACCAUGGUGAAAAAUUAUAACCCACUAUUAUGGAAAUUAUUUUUUUUUUUAGUUCUUAUAGUUAUUAGCCAUUUUGACUAGACUGUUGAAUUAAAUUGGUUUAGUUAAUAAACAAUUGUUAGUAUUUAUAUAAUGUCAACUUGGACCUUUUAGAUGUUAUAGAAAGUUCUGGAAUAAAAAGCUCCAUGCUUAAGCUGACAAAUAUUAUUGUAAAUAAUGUUCAAAAAAUAAAUGCGUUUGAAAUGUAUUUUCAGUUAAAGGGGACCCUGUCUGCGAAAAUGUGCGACUAAUGUCCACGACGAAUAUCAAAAGAAGCGACUAAAAGCUUCGUUUUAGUACCGCACGUAGUACAAUUGACUGUCCGGUAGGUGGCAGCAGCGUGUUAGCGUGUUACGGUGCCUCGCCUAGAGAACUGCGAAGGAGAAGCUCACGGGCCAUGUGGAACAAGAUGGCGUUGUCAUCUCGUUUGUUUUUGUGCAAUCGUUUUGGCCGAACCGCAGGCGCCCUCCUGCUCAAUAAUAAACAACCGACAGUCACGCUUCCCUGCAGAUGUUAUGUUGCCGUUAGCCACCGAAAUCAGUUGCAGUUCAAACUGGACGAGCGUACGGCCCACAGCAGUCUCGAUCUCUUCAAGAAAGACACAGGAGUGAUUUACCGAAUGCUGGGCCUAGACCCAAGCCACGUCCAGGAUUCCCCUCUGCGUUUUUGGGACUGGGCCGUCGUGUUUGCUGACAGCCAUGUUACCUCUGGACGUCACUACUGGGAAGUCACGGUUAAAAAGUCACAGGAGUUUCGCAUCGGCGUUGCAGAAGUUGCCAUGUCUCGUGACGAGUGCAUUGGCACAAACUCGUCCUCAUGGGUCUUCUCCUACACGCACAGUAAGUGGUAUGCCAUGACUACCAACAAGCAGGUGCCUGUGUCACUGGUGGGGAAGCCAGAUCGAGUGGGGCUGCUGGUAGACUUUGAGGCUGGCAAGCUCAGUUUAGUAGAUCCCCAGAUUGCAAAAGUGGUGCACUCGAUAAAGACUCAUUUCCCCUCACCAAUCUGUCCAGCUUUUGCACUGUGGGAUGGCGAAAUACUCACACACUCUGGGUUGGAGGUGCCAUCAGGUCUUAAUUAGAGUACACACUCCUCCUCCAACCUUUUUUGGAUCAACAUAGCAAUAAGCAAUGUCUGUGUACCAAGUAAAAUGCAGUACCUCAUGUCCCUGGAAUAUUCAGAGUUAACUGAGAGUCUAAGCAGAUCUCCAAAUAAACCUUGUUGGGAUAAUAAAUACUGAUGAGCCAUGGGACUGAUUGUGCAUAUUAAUGAAACAUUAUUUGGCACAUUAAUGCAUGCAUCGUGUAUCAACAUUUAUAUGCUGUUAUACACUGGGUUCAGCAAAACUCUUACAUCUUCUACUGAUUCCUGAAGAUAAUGUAUGGCAAUGUACAUACGUUCAUAUCUCUCUACUCAUGCUAUCUCUGUGUGCAUUUUCAUGAUGUGUGCUCAAUAAAAGAGACUGUGUGGCAGUGAUCUUUAUUUUAUAUUUCAUUUGCUCUACUUUAAAAUAUAUGUAUUACAUUAGACACUUAAGGUCUCAUCGUUACUGUAAUGAGUACAAACUUGUGUUUGGUCAAUCAGAAUUUGAUUUGUAUUUGAUUUUUGAGCAUACAGAUGGUAUAAAACCAGUUCCUUUCAUGGCACUGACUAUAUAUAAUGGGUACAAACAAUACAGAGCCCUUAGGAAUUCACAACAGUAGUAAAAAUGAUGUCAAACAGCAACUUCUUAACUGAUGCUUAAUACCCUAUAUAUAGUGAUUUAUUGUAAUAAAUAAGAGAAUAUGCAUUUUUCAAAUAUAAAUACAACCUUGCUGUAUUAUUAUUAUAUAUAUACACAAAAAUAUGCACAUAUUUACAAACAUGUACAACACCUGAGUGCUUUGAAAGCACAUACCAUAUCUGUAAAGCGUUCAUCUAUUUUAAAUAAGUGAAACUGUCAUAUUAUGGAUUUAUGGCAGAAGUUUUACUCUAAUUUAUGAAAGGUUUUAAGAUUAAACCUUGUUAGAGCAAGUGCUACAAUGUUGUCAUUUAAAUGAAGCUAUUAUUCACUGAAUAUUUACAGGAGCAUGCAAGUUUUUUCUGACAUCUGAUUUAAAAUGUGCCUGUGUUUUGGUAAAUAAUUAUAGUUCCAAAGACAUCAGGGGCACUGUACUAUUUACUUCCAUCACACCUAAGUCAUGUUAUAAAAAUUUCCUGGUGUCUUAUUACAUUACUCAGGUUUGUUUUCUGUUGGCAUAGGGGAAAAGACUAAGGAUUACACACAAGCCUUAUGGAUGCAGCCUAAUACUUUGAUUAAUAGCUGUGUUCAUCUGCAUGGUAUGAUCUAAUAUGAGAACUCAGCAUGAGACUAAUCAGUACAUCAGUAUCAACAGCACACCUGGUCUAUGACCUUUCAUCUACAUGGCAGACUCCUAAUGUAUCAUCUUACUAUAUUUCUCUCAGGAAUGCAUUU